AUGAAAAUCGCCAAGUUAUUGCGCUUAAUAUCGGAGCACGUUUUAAUCGACGUUGUUCUUAUCAUCAAAUCCACUUCGUAUAAAUUGAAGUUCGACUCCAAAAAACUUUUAUCAUAUCACUUUCGGGCUCUUAAACGUUACUUCUUGAAUGUCAUUCUGUUUUCAGCUUGUGAUGGAAUGCUAGGUACUUAUCGUAAUCAAGAUUUAUUUCAAAGUGAUAUUUUUUCUUCGAAUUUAUAA